AACGGAUAGGCGGGAGCUAGACAGCCCGCGGUGGGCGGAGAGACCUGUAAUUAUCUUGUUAUGCAGCGAUCAAAACAACUGGGAACUGGGACUUCAGUGCGUUUAAAACAAGAUCACUGACCUCAUGAUUUGACCUGGUAUUUUUAGAGAUCCCAGUUGUUUUGAACUCUGCAUCAGUAUGUCUAUAAUUGUUGAGUAGACGCAGGUCUAGCAUCCGCGUAUCCACCUGAAAUCCAUAAAGCAGAAAUGCUCAGCUGACCUUAGAUCAGGCAUUCUACUCCGAUUCACACAUCAAAACCGAAACAAGGUGAUGAACCUCUCAGAGGAGAACAGGACAGUCGUGGUCUCUGGUGUACCAGACACACUGUCCAGCAGCCGCAUGGCAGACAAACUGGUUAUUCACUUCCAGAGCUCCAGAAGCCACGGAGGAGAUGUAGAAAACAUCAAGUACCCGACCAGCUUCAAGGGGGUGGCUUUUGUUACAUUUGAAAACACCAGAGAUGCUGAGAUGGUAAUCAGAAAGAAGCAGAUAAUGUGUGACAAGGAGUUCCCUCAAGACUACCCUAUCACUGUAUUCAGAUUCACCCAAGACGUGUUGUUCUACGUGAACGCUAAAGUGGACCUGUCAAUCUGCGGUGACGAGGAACAGCAGGAGACCGUGAUCCAAAGCUUGCAGUCUGCUCACAGAUCAGUGAGGAUCUGCCUUCUACCCAGCCAGGAGGGUAAAGCUUCAGUGGAGGGACCCUUCUCUGCCAUCAGGGACCUGAGAGAGGACCUGCUCCAGCGGGCCACUGCCAGCAGCAGCAGUCACCCAGGGGAGAAGCACGUGGCUCCAUUGAGCUCUGGUUACUCCCUGACCUCAGUGGCAGCAGGGAAAGGGGUAUCCCAGGUCAGCAGCAGUCACCCAGGGGAGAAGCACGGGACUCCAUUGAGCUCUGGUUACUCCCUGACCUCAGUGGCAGCAGGGAAUGGGGUAUCCCAGGUCAGCAGCAGUCACCCAGGGGAGAAGCAUGGGGCUCCAUCGAGCUCUGGUUACUCCCUGACCUCAGUGGCAGCAGGGAAAGGGGUAUCCCAGGUCAGCAGCAGUCACCCAGGGGAGAAGCAUGGGGCUCCAUCGAGCUCUGGUUACUCCCUGACCUCAGUGGCAGCAGGGAAUGGGGUAUCCCAGGUCAGCAGCAGUCAUGCCUGGGAAAAGCACAGAGCUCCAUCUCCAUCAAGCCAUGAUCAUUCCCUGAGCUCUGUGGUAGCAGAGAGUAGGUCUUCCAGGGUCAGAUCUGGUGAUGGUGCUGAGGUGGACUUCCGGGUCAGCCGUUACACCUGGGAGAAGAAGAACAGGGCAGCUCCAUCAAGCACUGAUCAUUCUCUGUCAAGCUCUGUGGCAGGAGGGAGUGGGGCUUCUACAAUAAAUCAAUCCUUGGAAAAGCACCGCAGGGCAGCUCUGUCAAGCUCUGAUCCUUCUCUGAGCUCCAUGGCAUCAGGGGGUGGGGAAUCCAAGGUCAUCAGCAGCAGUCACACAUUAGAGAAGUACAUCGCUCCGUCAAGCCAUGAUCAAUCUCUGCCAAGCCCAGUGGCAGCAGGAACUUCCAAGGUCAGCUCAGGUGGUGAUGUUGACAUGGAAGAGGAGUCCACGUGGGUGGACACAAACAUAUUUCUUUACAUUCAGAGAUUUUCUAAAGACCAGUUUGACCAAUGUUUUAGGAACCACGGUGUGUCAGCUGUGUUCGGUGACAAUGAUGUGGCCGACCUGACUCUGAUAUCACUGAGAGGGCGCCGCGACAGCAAGGGUCUCUCUGAAGUCCAACUGACCAUAUCAGAGCUGACUGAUUUGGUCGCUGUGUGGCAGUCAACCCUGAGAAUCCACACUAUAGACUACAGAAGGCAGGACCUGCGUGAGAGAAAGAGGCUGCUGCAAAUCUGUGCUGAGGUGAACAGCAUUUAUGAGGACGUUCUGUACGUGCAGAAGGAGCUCAGUGUCCGGGUCAUCGGUCCCUCUAUUUCCAGUCAUCUCUUUACUGAGUGGGUGAAGGAUCGAAUGGAUCAACCGCAUAAAGAGGACUUCUUGUAGUGGUGGUCAGAAUGUGGAUCAUUUUACCAUUCUGCAAUAGCAGCUAGUGCACAAAGAGCUUUUUUUGCGCGGUAUAUAUUGAUAGCACUGGGAGACGUUUUCAAGAGAUUUCUGUGACAACUAAAUAGAAUUGAGUUAGUGUUAUUUGCUGUGUCUCAACAAGGAUGCUGUUUCGUGUCAAGCUAGCCAUGAGGGCAUAACUAGAUAAUAGACUAGAAACGACAUGUUAAUGAGUCAACACUAGAGGGUGCUGUUGUACCGAAUAUACACAAUUUGUUCCAUUAAAUCAAUUAUUUCUGUGUGUCCUGAC